AGUGCCACACACACACUGUAUUGCCAAAAGUAUUGUCCCCCGCCCUCCCAAUCAUGUGAUUCAGCUGUUCCAAUCCCCUCCCAUCAUGUGAUUCAGCUGUUCCAAUCCCCUCCCAAUCAUGUGAUUCAGCUGUUCCAAUCCCCUCCCAAUCAUGUGAUUCAGCUGUUCCAAUCCCCUCCCAAUCAUGUGAUUCAGCUGUUCCAAUCCCCUCCCAAUCAUGUGAUUCAGGUGUUCCAAUCCCCUCCAUAUCAUGUGAUUCAGGUGUUCCAAUCCCCUCCCAAUCAUGUGAUUCAGGUGUUCCAAUCCCCUCCCAAUCAUGUGAUUCAGGUGUUCCAAUCCCCUCCAUAUCAUGUGAUUCAGGUGUUCCAAUCCCCUCCAUGGACACAGGUGUAUACAAUC